GAUUCGGUUUGACUCAAAGCGGAAAGGUUGUGGGUGUCAGUUCCGAGUUAAGGUUCGACAACAUCAAAGGCGUGACGGUUGGGAAGUGAAGGGUUACGGCAAAUGGGGAUAUCACAACCAUGAGCUGAUAGCAUACAAAGUGGGGCAUCGGCAGUUAAGCGGCCUAAGUCCAGCUGCGAAACUAGUUGUAAAAGAAAUGAGUGAUGCUCAAGUGAAGCCCGCUAAAAUAUUAGCGUCUGUGUUAGAGAAAUUCCCCGAAGACCAGCCAAACCGAAGACACAUCUACAACGUCAGACAGAAAUUGAGGUUUGAACGGUCAGAGGGAAGGAACCCUAUACAGCAGCUUCUGCACCAGGCACAAGCACGUGGUUACCUUUACUGGUUUGAAUCUGACGAAGACACAUCGGAGGUAACUCAUUUGUUCCUUGUCCAUCCUGAUUGUGCUGAUAUGAUUUCGUCUUGGCCAUCUGUGAUUUUGAUCGAUUCAACGUACAAGACAAACAAGUACAAGUUCCCACUGGUUGAGAUGGUUGGGAUGGCUCCAACGAACCAGAACUUUCUGAUUGGUUAUGCAGUCAUGAAGGAUGAGACGGCUGCGAGUUACCGUUGGGUGUUGGAAAAGUUGAGAAACUACAUCGGCCCAAAUGUACAGCCAUCGGCCAUCGUAAGUGAUUGUGAGGGAGGUCUUUUUGCCCCUAUAGCGGAGCUGUUUCCGGAGUCGAGCCAUUUACUGUGCACAUGGCACAUCAACAACUGCGUGAAAGUCAAAGCCUACAACCUUUUCAACAAGAACUUAGAUUCAGCAGAGAGAUUGGUAAAUGGUAAGUGGCGGAAGAUCCUGCAAGCUACCACGGAGGCAGAGUACGAUCGAGCCUUGGAAAACUUAAAGGAUGCGUACAAGUGGUGCCCGCCAAUCGUAGACUAUGUGAUGCAUCAGUGGGUACCUCAGAGGGAAAAGUUUGUCAAAUAUUGGACGAACCAAGUUCUUCAUUUUGGGAACACUACGACAUGCAGAGUCGAGAGCGCUCAUAGAGCUUUGAAGGACUGGAUUGAUUCUUCCACGGCUGCUCUGGAUACACUGUUCGAGAGAAUAAACAAGGCUAUUGAUACUCAGAGGAACGGCAUCAAGAACUAUCUCGAGGACUCCAGACGACGACAUGGCAUGUUGUAUGGCCAUUUCAUAUUUAAGAUUCUCCACGGUCGUGUGUCACACCACUGUUUGGGGUUGAUUCUGAGCGAGUAUACCAGGAUGAGGGAGUUGGGCGAUGAAGUGGCUAUUCGGUGCGGAUGUGCUAUAUCAAUGACUCAUGGAUUACCUUGUGCAUGCACCAUUCACCGCGUAAUUACGCAAGACAGGGCGUCGUUACAUGUCGAUCAGGUUCAUCCAUUCUGGCGGACGCUCGUUAUCGGAGAGCAUGCUGUUCCGCAUACGGUUCACCGUGAACAGGAGGAGUUGGAGCAGUUUCAGAUGAUGUUUGACCAAGUGUCCUCCAGUCACCCUUCGAUCAUUCGUAGUGCUACACACAUACUUCAUGACAUGUUCAAUACAUCGUGUUUGGAUACCGAGGAACCGGAAGGGGUCGAGCGACCUAGGGGUCGACAACCACGGCGGAACAAGAGUGCGUUUGAGUACAUUCGCGGUCGUGGCCGUGGCCGUGGCCGUGGCCGUGGUCGUACAUCCUCAUCAAGUGGCAGCCAAUCAUCGUCGUCGGUGAAUAUGCCCGGCACCGGGAGAAUGGACAUUGAACAUUUUCCAUAUAAGGACAGGAUCCCUAAUAUCAUGAUGCCAUUCUUGGACGGGUGGAAUGAUGUCAUUGCAGAUGGUAACUGCGGAUUUCGGGUUGUGGCGGAUGUGUUUCAAAUGGGUGAAGACAACUACGGUUUAGUGCGGCAGUUGAUGUACAGUGAAAUCGCAUCAAACCGAGAUGUGUAUGGCCAUGUGUACGGCGAGGACUUGGAUAGGUCUCUGCAGCGUAUCCGGUGGGGAGGGGGACCUUGCGGUCAAAAUCAUUGGUUCGAUGCGCCACUUGAUCUCUUUGCCGUUGCAAACAUCUACAAGUGUGCAGUCAUGCAUUUCGGCCUUGGUUUACAUAGUCGAGCCUAUUAUCCAUGUACAACGGUUCUGCCCUGGUGUUCGCGCGAGACCGUCACCAGACCGGUAAGGGACGUUGCUAUUGGAUUUCUUGGGCCGUCAUACAGACAUUUUAUCCGAUUAGACAUGUCACCCGAUUUUCCGGUCCCAAAUAUCAUACCGAAGUGGUAUGAAAUUCGUAGAGCAAGCGUGGAGGGUUGGGAUGCUUUGUACCAUGCUCGCGUGCAACAGUGGAACAAUUUAAUUGCCAUGUAGUUUUUGUUGAUGUACACCUACCUUUUACUAUGAGGCCUUGUAUUGUCAAUACUAUGUCAUUUCUAUGUGUUCAUUUUUAAAAGAUAAUGUUUCAUUUUAAAAAC